AUGCGGCGACGCACCCCGUCGAUGCAGCGGCAGAAGCGUUACAAGCUCGAGGGGGAGCAGCGGCAGCAGCCGGCGGUAGAAGCCGUGAAAGCGACGCCCCACACGACUAUGCAGCACAAAAAGAGAGGCAGUGCCACACCCAUGACGGAACAAGAGACGGCCACAUUGUUCCUGGCCGACCUGGCACCCGCCGCCGCCCACACGACUGGGACUGCCGCCGUCGUCCCCGCUUUUGCCAUAGAAAAGGCAUUGACUGAUGGGAAUAAGGAAGAAAGCUUAGCGAGCGCAAGGAGGCGUGGUAAAAAAUCUCCUCUAGUGCGAAAAACCGCAUGCGAGGGGAAACAUGCCUCUGCCUUUACAAAGACGUGUAGCGGCGCUAAGCCCUCUGCGUUGGGGCAAACGGAACUUUCAGCGUUGCCGCUUGAAGAGGGCGAGGAGGAUCCUUCUGUCGCGACGGAGGUGCUGCGGCAAACCGCCGCAUUUCUUGCACGUCUCACGCCAGCACGAUCGAAACAAUUUUGGGUUUUGCGUCAAGUGGCACGUGGUGAAUUGGGUGGUCGGUCGGCCGCGAAAUUGUCAACCACAGUGCCUGCAUCCGAUGAUGAUGAUGAAGAGGAUGAGGAUGAGGAGGGAGUUGAUCUUGCGGCGAGCGAAGAUGAAAUGUCCUCUUCCUCAGAGGAGGAGAAUAUGUCGCCUCCACUGCCAUCACCACCACCUACAGCAAAGAAAAUGAAUGCCUUUGACAGUAGUAAGCGGACGCAGGAUACAAAGCGUCGUGGUGGCGGUGCACUAUUUAGCAGUAACCCGGAUGUUUGGGAGGAUUGA